CACGCAACACACGGACCAGCACUCCCUAUCAGCAGUAUUUCCUCUCCUUGGCGGACCAAUAACGCGCAGUUUUACGCUCCCUCCACCUCAGCCAGCUGUUUCUUAAGGAAUAAACAGAGAGCAGGGAGAUCUCUUUAUUAUCGCCACACUAAACGUUUACAUCUCGGACUUCUGGCUGCUUUUCUUUCGAGCAUCUCAGCUGUUUGUACAUUAUUAGAUUUUUCUCAUCUGGUUGAAUUUCCUCUGAGAUGGAAAUGAGAUGUCGUCCAGCGGUGAUGUCCUGUGUUUUUGCCAUCCUCUGCUCCGUGGUUCCCCAGUCUCUGGCGUCCUCAUACAGGGACCGACAGUACCUGAACGAGUGGGCAGUGGAGAUCCCAGGCGGACUGGCCGCUGCAGAGUUGAUCGCCAAAGAGCUGGACUACCAGCUGGUUCGGCAGAUUGGGGCCCUGGAAGACCAUUUCUUGUUCAAACACCGCAAUCAUCCUAGCAGAAUGAAACGAAGUGCCGACCGUAUCACCAGACGGCUGUCGGAGGAUGAUCGGGUGUUGUGGGCAGAGCAGCAGUACGAGAAACGUCGCAACAAGCGAGCGUCCCUCGGGGAGUGCAGGGACUGUCCAGUGGAUAAGCUGUUUGAUGAUCCCAUGUGGAACCAGCAGUGGUACCUGCAAGACACACGAACUUCUUCCUCGCUGCCGAAGCUGGACCUGCAUGUGAUCCCCGUGUGGCAGAAAGGCAUCACAGGAAAAGGAGUGGUCAUUACCGUUCUGGACGACGGGCUGGAGUGGAACCACACAGACAUCUACUCCAACUACGAUGCAGCAGCCAGCUACGAUUUCAACGACAACGACCCAGACCCUUUCCCCAGAUACGACUCCACUAAUGAAAACAAACAUGGGACCAGGUGUGCUGGGGAGAUCGCUAUGCAGGCAGACAACAAUAAAUGUGGUGUUGGAGUGGCGUACAACUCCAAGGUUGGAGGGAUUCGUAUGCUGGAUGGAAUUGUGACUGAUGCUAUUGAGGCCAGCUCUAUUGGAUUCAAUCCAAACCAUGUGGACAUCUACAGUGCCAGCUGGGGACCCAACGACGACGGCAAGACAGUCGAGGGCCCUGGCCGCCUGGCCCAGAAGGCGUUUGAAUAUGGCAUCCAGAAGGGCCGCGGUGGGAAAGGCUCUAUCUUUGUCUGGGCAUCAGGCAAUGGUGGCCGCCAAGGCGAUAACUGUGACUGUGACGGUUACACAGACAGCAUCUACACUAUCUCAAUCAGCAGUGCCUCCCAGCAGGGCCUGUCCCCGUGGUACGCUGAGAAGUGCUCCUCCACUCUGGCUACAGCAUACAGCAGCGGAGACUACACCGACCAGAGGAUUACUAGUGCUGAUCUGCACAACGAGUGCACUCAGACUCACACUGGAACGUCGGCCUCCGCCCCCCUGGCUGCUGGAAUAUUUGCCCUGGCACUGGAACAAAAUCCAGAGCUUACCUGGAGAGACCUGCAGCACAUUGUGGUGUGGACCUCAGAGUUUGAUCCUUUGGCUAAUAACCCGGGCUGGAAGAGGAACGGAGCAGGGCUGAUGGUCAACAGCCGUUUCGGCUUUGGCCUUCUCAACGCGAAAGCCCUGGUCGACCUCGCCGACCCAGCCACCUGGAAGCAUGUGCCUGAAAAGAAGCAAUGUAUCGUCAGGGAUGAUUCUUUCCAGCCCAGGGAGCUGAAGGCAGCAGGGGAGAUCACUAUAGAGAUUCCAACCAAAGCCUGUGCGGGGCAGGAGAACGCAGUCCGCUCAUUGGAACAUGUGCAGGUGGAGGCCAGCAUUGAGUACACCAGAAGAGGGGACCUGCACAUAACACUCACCUCCCCAGCCGGUACCAGUACAGUGCUGCUGGCUGAACGAGAGAGGGACACGUCCUCUAAUGGCUUCAGAAACUGGGACUUCAUGUCUGUCCAUACAUGGGGAGAAGAUCCUGCUGGUACAUGGACCCUAAAGAUCACAGACACUUCAGGCCGUAUGGAGAACGAGGGUCGGAUUCUGAGCUGGAAGCUGAUUCUUCAUGGAACGUCAGAGAAGCCAGAGCACAUGAAGAAACCUAGAGUGUACACGCCCUACAACGCUGUGCAGAAUGACCGCCGUGGUGUGGAACAUAUGGAUGACAUGAUGGAUGAGCCCACACAGGCCUAUCCACCUUCAAAGACUGAGACUGCAAAAGUCUCCCUUCCUUCCAACCCAGAGAAAGAGCACAAAAAGUCAAAUUCACCCUACUCCCCCUCCCUGGCCCUGCUGCGUCUCCUCCAGACGGCAUUCAACAGGCAGACCCCUUCCCUGCAGCAGGCCCAGUCCGAAGUCAAAGCCUCCUCCACCUGGAGGAAGCAGCAGCCGGGCCAGAGCAUUUCUCCCCCUGCAACGAGACUCCCCCCAAAGAUGUUGUACCAGGCUCUGGACAUGAUCAACAAGUACAGGGGCACCGAGGACAAUGUCUACAGUGACUACACUGAUGGCUUCUACAGCACCAAGCCAUACAGGCACAGAGAUGACCGACUGCUGCAGGCCCUGUUUGAGAUGAUAGAUGAUGGCCGCAACUAAAUUCCAGGAGGAGAGGAGAGGAGAGGAGAGGAGAGGAGAGGAGAGGAGGGAAGAGGAGAAGCAAUGAGAGGAGAAGAUAAAAGAUAACGGGAAAGCAAGGUUAUGUGUUGGUUGGGGAGCAGAGGAACAAGGCGAAGAGAAGAGAAAAAGCAGAGAGAGGGUAUUGGGGAUAAGAAGAGUGAACGAGAAGAGAAGAAAUACAGGAAAGAGAAUUCUUCCACUCAAAAAUGCUGCAAAUCGGAUCCAUUUACCUUUGUUUGCCAAUCACCAUUUAUUAAUUAAUUCUUUCAAAAUGUCCCUCACAGGAUUAAAAACAUGGACCUGUUUAAAGCCUCUAUGCUACAAACUGAAUCUCCAUGUAGUGAAAGUGAAAGCAUUGAUAUCAUAAGAAAGGAGGGGAAGGCCUUGUCUCUCUUCUCUUCACUGCCUGCUCAAGCAUGCCACCUUUAGAAUAUAAGUUUUGUAUAAGUAUCUAUAUAUAAUCUAUAUAUUAUACAAAGACAAUGAUUGUAAUAUGGGUUUGAAAACACUUGACAGCUAAAAUAUUCACUUUCAAAAAUCCUGUUUCUAUUUCUAAUUUUGCCAUUUUACAAAGUCCCUACAUUCUUUUUCACUAUUAUGGAACACCUACAUACUUUAUUCACUUUAGAGGACAAACUGAUCCUUAAAAAACUAAACAUAAAGUAAUUAAAUUAGAGUCAGCAUAAUUUCCAAAAUGAAGCAAAAUUUUAAAUUGAUCAGCGAUUUGAAAUGUUUGAACUUUGUUGACAAAAGAUUUAUUCUCAGGGGGUCAACUAAGCUCAAGAGAGUAGCAGAAUUAUAUUCUGGACUCUUCUAAGUAUUAAGAGAAUAUAUAGAGCGUAAAGGAUUAUUUAUUAUAAAAAUAUGCAGAUGAGAUAAUACAGUUGUACCAGUACACUAUUUAAAAAAAGAAAACAUAACCAUCCUCUACUCUGGUAAUAAUGAACGACAGAUGGAGCACUGGGAACUCUCAGUUGGAGUAGCGACACAUUCAAAGUGAAAAAAAAAAUCUUCUUGUGCAAUUUGUUUAAUUUUGUAUAAGUACAAUGCUGCAUUAAAUAAAAUAUUUUUCUAAGGAUCCUCAUAGUUUAUGGAAAUAAUAUAUACAGUAUCAAACCCUUGAUCAGUUUAUUUUCUUGUGGCAUAGUUCACUCGGUAACUGCAAAGUCAGUGUAGUUACCAUAACUACAAAUAAACACUGCCAAAAUCUUUGCUGUCAAAAAGCUUCUGUGUAUUUCAGUGAAUGUGCAAAUGGCUAACAUGUUGUUUGUUCAUCAUCUGCAAUAUGCCAACUACAAACAGUUCCUUGAAUCCUGGACAGAUAAUUGCAACCAUAUUACUUCUCUGGUAUUAUUUAUUUGGUAUUAAUGGACCUAUCAUACUACAGAAGCUGACCAGAAACUCUGGAGAAUAGGGGCUCUGUACUGCAACCUUCAAGCACAUUCAUCUUGAACGCCUUAAUAUAUUCUGUAAUAAAUGUGCAUAUUCAUCUCCACAUGGCGUAGAUUCAUUUACAGACGCUAGUGUAAGUGUUUAUUACAUGAAUAGUUAUGAAUCCCCUAUGCAGAGUCUCUAUCCUCCAGCUUGGAACUGCCUGCCCCGCUUCUCUGCCAACAAGGUGACAGGAAAAAAGAUGUUUGGGAACAAUGCUUCACAUACACCCUGUAAUUUAAUCAUUCUUUAGUGUAGCCCGUGCUGUUUACUUCAUGUUUUUGUUUUUGACUGAAUCUUCAGUCCAAAGUUGUUUACACAAACCAAUAUUAUGUUGCAAUUUCUGUAUGGAUGUACAAAAAAAAGUA